AUGGACCAAUAUCAUUACGACGACGGACCCUCGUCUUCAUCGGCACCACCACCGCCCUACUCCAUCUCCGCCCCGGGCUCCGGCUCCUUCGCCGGCUCCUUUGACGGGCCCGCCUCGUCAUCCCUUCACCCACCUGUCCCGACAUCAAGCCACAGAGCCUCAGGCGCCACACCGGAGAAGACUUCCCACACCUCAUCCUCCGCCGGCGGCUUCCUCGAUUCGAAACGGCGCCUGGCCGAUCCUAGAUCGUCAUCGGCCCAGUCCCUUGCCCCAUCCCUCGAGGACCGUGACGGCGAUGCCCGCCGGACCUUGCUCAUCAUCUACAUUCAUGGCUUUUACGGCAACGAGUCGUCUUUCAGGUCCUUCCCGGCCCACGUUCACAACUUCCUAAAGGACACUCUCGUCGAGAGCCAUGUCAUUCACUCAAAGAUCUAUCCCCGCUACAAAACUUACAAGGCCAUCGAUGUUGCUCGUGAUAACUUCAGCCAGUGGCUCGAGCCGCAUGAGUCGGACAAAACUGAUGUCAUCCUUGUCGGCCACUCCAUGGGCGGCAUCCUUGCCGGCGAGGUCGCUCUCAUGCUAUCUCCUCAAGGAAGCAACGCGCCGUCUAUCGCUUCUUCCAGUGGUCCGCCGCAAAGCUCCGACCCGUGGUUCAACCCGCCCUUUUGGAACGAUGCCAAGUUCAAAGACCGCCCAUUCAUGAGGCGGAUAGGCCACUUCGCCAAGAAGCACAGAGCCGAGGGCGUGUGGGAUCCCAUCAAGAACCACCUCAUGUCCCAUCUUGAGUACGGUGGUUGUCUUGCAGACUACAAGGGCUUGAACCAGCGAUACAACAGGCUCCGCGCUUUGGAGGAUAUCGAUCCGCUGCAACAUCUCAAACAGAACAACGGCCAGGGCGCGAACGCAAACCAGCUGCCGCCGUCAGCCAGGGUGCGGUUCAUAAACUACUAUACCCUUAGCUCGGGUAGACCCAAGAAGCCCAAGUCGCCAAAGACGCCAGACUCGCCGAGAUCUCCGGAUCAUGACAUUGCGGGACAGAUGAGCACCCUUGACGUCAAUUCCCAGCUCUCACCACACGGGUCAUCGACAGCCAGGAUUUCUGUCGAUAGCUCUGAUGGCGAGCAUUUUGAGAUUAUCAGCUCUAUUGAAGCCGUAGAUAGGAAACUAUCAACUCUUCACGAGGAACAGCAGAAACAGUCCGAGAACAAGACGGAUGAUAGUACAACGGAAAAGAAACCCGAAUCAAAAGGCAAAGAAAAGGAGGUUCCCGAGGGGCAGGAACCCAAGGGCAAGCAAAAGGAGGAGGCGAAUCGAGAGGAAACCGGGGAACCUUCCAAAGUAGAAGAGAACGAGCCGAUUUCCGGCCAGGCGACACCGGCGGAACCUGUCCAGCCUGAGACGCCAGCAGACUUUGACCUUCCUCCCAUCCCCGACCUCCCUCCACAGCCAACACCGCCAGAUCUCGACAAGUACACGGAUAAGGAUGCCCGCAAGCAAGCCGAAAAGGAGGGCAAGCGCGCGCAGAAGGCCUAUGACCAAGCAGUCAAGAGCCGCGAGAAGGCCAUCAAGGAGCGCCAGAAGCUCGUCGAGAAGCGUCGUAAGAAGGCGGAAAAGGAAGCCCAGAAAGAGGCCCAGCGGGUCGAGAAGGAGGAGCAGAAGAGGCGGCAGCAGGAGGAGCUCGGCCAGGCCAAGUCCCGUGAGGACGCGCUGAGGGCCGUGGAGGCAGCACAGCGACGGGCAGAGGCGGCACAGCGGGAGCUAGAGGCCGCGCAGAGACAGGUGGAGGCGACGCAGAGAGAGACCGACGCCGCGAGGAGACAGCAACCGGCGGUGAAGCCUGAAGCCGCGGAACAACAACAGAAGGCGCUUGAGAUGUCUGACUCGGAGUCCGAGCCGGAGUCGCCCACCGGUUCCCUUACGCAGGUCGACCCUAGGCCGAUAUCACAAGACGGACCACAAACACCGUUAGCACCUCCGCCGCAACCGAGAGCACCCCCGCCGGCUCUGCCCCCUCGGAUGCCCUCGUCUUCAAGCACGGCCCAGACAGCCCCGGCAUCAUCGUCAGCAUCGCUCGCCCCGACACAAUCCAGGGAAUCAGCGACCUCCUCUCGCGGACCAGCGCCAGCCGGGGCAACCCCUCAACAACCCAAGAAGCAGCGCAAGUUCUGCAUGCUGCCCAGCAAGACCAACGGCCGUCGCGACGAGACGUGGGUGCCCGUCUACAUGGAGGGCAUGGACGAGGUCGGCGCCCACUGCGGUCUCUUCGUCCCGGGCCCGCACUAUGAUAGGCUCAUCGGUGACAUGGGCGAGCGCAUCCUGGGAUGGGUGCAGGAAGAUAUGACGGCAAGGGCCAUCUUGGAGAUGUCCUAG